UCUACCAUCUUCACCGGUCGUCAUAUUAUUCCACAAGCCCUUUUCCACUUUAACUGCUCUGUUCAGUGGUUCGAACUUUUCUCUCGGCGAUGAAAGCUUAAUGGCGGCAACUUUACCUUCGUGUGAACUGGUGAUCACUUCCUCUCAGUUGAAAUCUUUCUCUCUCGGGUUAGUUGGAUUGAGUGAUCGUAUUGAUUUUCUGGUACAUUCAAAGCAUUGAAUUGAUAAAGCUUCUCCUGCGAAGACGGUGGAUUGAUUGUAAGCGUCAUGAUUGCUCCGAGAGUUUUAGAAUGAGGUUCUUCCAGUGAACUUGGAAAAAUUUGGUCCUUACAUGAAAUAGCCGAAGUUCUUAAGGCAACUGAUGACAUUUUCAACAUGAUUUCUACUAUACAUGCUCUGUUAAUGCUCGCUAUAAUCGUUUUUGACGGAGUUAUUAGCAAUGGUGAAAGGCCUGCUGUAGUGAACAUUGGUGCUGUUCUAACUUACGAGUCGGCCAUAGGUAGAGUCGCAAAGGCUGCGAUUGAAGCUGCUGUUCAAGAUGUUAAUGCGAGCAAGAAAAUUCUUAAUCACACACGGUUAAAUUUGAUCAUGGAGGAUUCAAAUUGUAGUGCUUUUAUCGGCGCAGUUGCAGCCUUGAAGGUCCUUGACAAAGAUGUGAUAACUAUUAUAGGGCCACAAUCCUCAACAAUAGCGCAUAUGCUUUCAUACAUAUCGAAUGGAUUUCGCAUACCACUCGUAUCCUUCGCAGCUACAGAUCCAAGCCUAUCUUCCCUUCAGUAUCCCUACUUCAUUCGUAUGACCCAAAGCGAUUCAUAUCAGAUGGCUGCCAUGGCAGAUCUGAUCGAAUACCAUAGGUGGAAACUGGUUAUUGCAGUAUUCGUCGACGAUGAUUAUGGGAGGAACGGAAUAUAUGCUUUAGAUGAUGAGCUUAAUAACAGAAGGUUAAAAAUUUCAUAUAAAAUUGUGUUGCCAAUCGGAGCUUCUCGGAAUAAAAUUUCAGAGUUGCUCGAAAAUUCUAAAUCGUUUGGCCCCAGAGUUUAUGUAGUCCAUGCUUCGCCAGAUUCUGGACUCAAAAUUUUUCAUGCAGCCCAUGAGCUUCAAAUGCUGGCGGAUGAAUUUAUUUGGUUUGCUACGGAUUGGCUCACCACCACUUUAGAUACAUUUGAGUUGAGCAAAACUUACUCGUUGAAUUACCUGCAAGGCGUGGUAGGCUUACGACAGUACAUUCCGCCGUCUCGCCAAAAGAAAGCAUUCAAACCCGAAUGGAAUAAAUUAAAUGCCGGAGUUCCAAGUUCCAAGAUGAAUGCAUAUGGUUUUUACGCCUAUGAUACGGUAUGGGCUGUUGCCCAUGCCAUCAAUGACUUCCUUGACAAUUCUGGGAAUAUUACGUUUACCUCGAGUGAUCAAAUCAGCGAUAACAGAGGACAGAUGAGAAUCAACAUGAUGAAAACCUUUGACGGUGGCGAGUUGUUACGACAAAAAUUGUUGCACCAGAAUUUUAGUGGUUUGUCUGGGCCAAUCCGCUUUGAUGGCGACCGAAACCUCAUUAGUGGGAACUACGAAAUCAUCAAUAUUUAUGGCUCAGUCAUGAAUACCGUUGGCUAUUGGACGAACUUGACACACCUCUCCCUUUCUUUCCCAGAUGCUUCACAGACAAAUGGCCAGCGAAAUCUUAGUUCAAGUAAGGUUCUUGGUAACAUUACAUGGCCUGGUGGGAAGACAAUGGCACCCCGUGGUUGGAUUCCUUCGACUCAUGCAAGGCCUCUAAGAAUUGGAGUUCCUCGUAGAUUGAGUUUUGUUCAGUUUGUGAAUAUUUCGAUGGAUAACCGUACUUUACAAGGAUAUUGCAUUGAUGUCUUUCGUGAAGUGCUGAAACAACUUCCUUACGAAGUUCCAUAUCAGUUUGUACCAUUUGGCGAUGGCCGUAGCACUCCCAUAUACUGGUCACUUGUGAAUAUGGUGGCUGAUAAUGAAAUUGACGCACUGGUGGGAGACUUUUCGAUAGUCCUGAAUCGUACAAAGCUUGUGGACUUCACUCAGCCUUAUAUUUCAACCGCCCUAGUCGUCGUGGUUCCUACAAAGAGUACAAAGUCCAGUGCCUGGGUUUUCCUUAGGCCUUUUACUGUUGGAAUGUGGUGUGUGACUGGAGCUUUCUUCUUUUUAAUUGGGAUUGUGAUCUGGAUGCUAGAGCAUCGAGUUAAUAAGGAUUUUCGAGGUUCGCCUAAGCAGCAGUGCUUGACUAUGUUCUUGUUCAGCUUUUCAACUCUUUUCCAUUCUGAACAAGAAGAAACUUUAAGCACUCUUGGGCGAUUUGUGAUGAUGGUAUGGUUUUUUCUGCUGAUGGUCGUGACAUCGAGCUACACGGCGAGCUUGACUUCUUUUCUUACUGUCCAACAGCUUCCAUCUUCGAUAAAAGGAAUUGAUAGCUUGAUAGCAACCAAUGACCCUAUCGGUUAUCAAGAAGGGUCGUUCGCUUUGGGCUAUAUGGCUAAUAGUCUUAAAAUACCGCGAUCGAGGCUCAUUUCUUACCGGACGCCUGAUGAUUAUGCGGAAGCUCUUUGGCGUGGCCCGAAAAAUGGAGGCGUAGCAGCAAUCGUUGAUGAGCUUCCAUAUAUUGAAAUAUUUUUGGAAACGAGAAGUGGAUUUGGCAUUGUUGGGCAGCCUUUUACUCGCAGUGGAUGGGGAUUUGCAUUUCGUCGCAACUCACCUCUUGCAGUGGACUUAUCUAGUGCUAUCUUAAAACUCGCGGAGAACGGCGAUCUCCAGAAAAUUCAUAACAAAUGGUUCUGCCGGAAAAAUUGUGAUCAUAGAGCAGACAGCUCAAAGCCAAAUCAGCUACAUUUGAGCAGCUUCUGGGGACUCUUCAUGAUCUGUGGGAUUGUAGCCAUUGCUGCUCUCCUCGUAUUCUUUCUUCAGUCAAUCCGCCAAUUCAUUCACUUCAAGAAGCAAAAUAGAGACAAUUCGUCAAUCACGAGCUGCUCGAAAACCAUCUACAGCUUCUUCGACUUCAUCGACGAGAAGGAAGAAGCAGUGAAGAAGUUAUUCAAACAGCAACAAUGCUCCUCACAGCCUGAGGUUUCCUGAUCAGUAGAACAUUUUGUGUAGAUGUUUUCAUAAUCUGUGCUCCUCACAGUAUAUUGAUAAAUUGUUGUAUGAACAAUGUCUAUGUAGAUGUUCAGAAUUAUUUAUAUUUAUGAAAAAGUGUAAAGUCUGAUAAAAAAAAUAUAUCUGAUAUCAUGUUCUGUG